AUGUCGAUUUUGGUUAACAAAAGUCUCACAAAGGAUUUCGAGGUGGGAAGAGGUCUAAGGUCGGGAGACUCUCUAUCUCUAUUUCUUUUUGUGUUAGUUGCUGAUGUUUUGACAAGUAUGAUCUCUAAGGCUUCAGAAAGGGGCAACUUUGAAGGAUUUAGAGAUAAGGAGGGUCUGUUAGUGGAAAUUAUUCAAUUUUCGAACGACACGCUAAUCAUAGGAGAAGGAGGUUGGAAGAAUUUGUGGAACAUCAAAGCUAUUCUUAGGGGCUUCAAACUUGUAUCAGGUUUGAGUGUUAGCUUUCUUAAGAGUAGGAUAAUUGGAAUCCAUCUGAGUAAGCAUUUUUUGGAUGUUGCUACUAAUUUUCUAUUAUGUAAGAUUGAGGAUCCAUGUUUUAACUUCUUGGGGAUCCCUAUUGGUUACACUCCAGCUAGCUCUUUUUCAGACUUGUUCGAUAUCAGCAACAAAAAAGGAGACUUUGUGAUUAAUAUGGGGGUCUGGCUUAAUGGCAAAUGGAGUUGGGGCGAUAUUGGUAUCCCUAGGGAAAUGCAGAACUCUGUCUCUAAAAGAAUUAAUUUUCUUCAGAAUUUAUUAUCGGUUUAUCAACCAAUUGUUGGAACUAAGAAUUUUCUACAGUGGAUUCGUGACGAUUGUGACGAAUAUUCUACAAGAGAAGGUUAUGAAUGUAUUAUGGACUCAAAAAACCAGGAUAUGCUAGAAACUGUUCUUUGUCGUGCGUUCAACUCAUUGUGGAGGUUGCUUGUUCUGACGAAGAUUAAAUCGUUUGGUUGGAGAAUAUUCUUGAAAAGAAUGGCGACGAAAGAUCAACUGAAGAGAAUAGGUGUGGGUCUAUCUUUAAAGGAUGGAAAUUUUUUUUUGUUCAUAGUCUGA